GACAAGUGUAACUCAGCUGAAAUCAAAUAGCACUUUUCUUGCUCAACUUUUUUUCGCGCCAUCAUAUACUAUACGAGGAGCCAUGUUCAAAAAAUUUAGCUUUUCGGAAAACAUUGCAGGACAGUCGCAACUCAAAUCGUCCGUACAGCGAGGAAUCCGUGCUAAAUUGCAGGAGCAGUACCCAGGACUAGAUUCUGUCAUGGAAGAGUUGAUGCCUAAAAAGACACCCAUUAUCCAGAUCAAAGGACACGAACACAUUUCAUUCUUGUCAGUGAACGGCAAGAUCCUGUUCUUCCAACAUUUCGACGGACCUUACUUUCCUACCUUGAAACUGCUUCAUCAAUACCCGGAUAUUCUUCCCAAGAUUCAAGUGGAUCGUGGUGCCAUCAAAUUUGUUUUAUCCGGUGCCAACAUUAUGUGCCCAGGCUUGACAUCGAGUGGUGCACGGAUGGAUGUUGAUCUUCCAGUGGGGGCAGUUGUGGCUAUCAUGGCUGAAGGAAAGGAGACCGCGCUUGCUAUUGGACAGCUUACCAUGAGCACAGAAGACAUACGCAAGAAGAAUAAGGGUAUCGGAUGUGACAACAUUCAUUAUCUCAUGGAUACGCUUUGGAAAGAAAUUGUUCACCCAUAGACAUGAUAUACGCACACAUGCACACAUUUUUUAUGCAACGUCAUCUAUUAUUCUUUCUUGGUCAUUCGGUAAUUUUAAAAAAAGGUCCUGCUGCCACUACAUUGAAAAACGAGCAUAGAUAGGCUAUAUGGUUAUGUUUGCAUAAGAUGCCGGUUUGACAAGAAAGUUGAUGGAAUUGGGGGAGGUAGAAGGAUACAGUACAGGCUGACCAUGAC